ACAAACCAGAAGUGCAAAUCCACUGCCAAUAAUACUGUGAACAACAAAAACACUGCCAAAAUAUCCACCACAAUUGUGUUCAUACUGCCAGCCAACUGCAGCCACCUGCCCCACUGCCACAUAUACACCGCAGCCAUAGCCACAGCCAGCGCAAACGUGCCACGGAGCAGCUGAGGGUACGCCCCCACGCCAAGACGCCUUACAAAACCACCGUCAACGCCACCGCCACCGCCACCACUGCCAACAAAAUGCCCAUUUGCAACAAGCCACCGCUGAGCGAAGCAAAAAGUGCCACCGCCUUCGAUGACCACGCCUCAGAGGCAGCCAAAAUGAAACGCACGCGCGAGCAAGCCUACUUCAAUUCAUACAAUUUCGAUGCAAUUCAAGCGCUGCCCUACAAUAAUGAUGGCGAAGAAUUAGUGGAAGAAGCGGCAGUACAAAAAGUCGUUGGUAGUCAGGUCAGGCCGAUCGCUGCGCUCCUCAGCACAAAUUUAGUCACUACGAAAGUAUCGGCAACAUCGUCCACAGCCGGCAGUGGUAGCCAGCCCCAGCAUAAUACGCUUAAAACAAUCUAUCGCGGCGGCGGUGCAGCGUCAUUCGCCUCGUCGCACAGCAAUCGCAGCCACGGCAGCUUGCACAGCAGCAGCGGUCGCAGCAGUGAACGCGGUAGUCAGCAUAGUGGCCAUAGCAGUGAUAUGAAUGGUUACUUGCGUCGUCAGCAUUCCGGCGAACUGACCUACACGUACAUGCAACGCUUUGGUGCGCUUUUAGUGCAUUCGCGCAACGCAUCACCGUCUUCGGAAUUGGGGAGGAGUUGUGUUGGUGGUGGUGGUGGUGGUGGUGGUGGUGGUGGUGCCGGUGCCGCUGAUGCGAUUGGCAUUCAAGGAGGAAAUGGAGAAGGAGGAGGAGGAGUUGCCAACGCAUGCGAAGAAAUUGCGGCGGUGCAUGGGAAGUGUACAACGGAAGUGUCGGAGAAUGGGAGUUUUCUGCUGCCACGCGCCAUGCUGAAGUAUCAAAGUGUUGGCAAUGCGAAUUCAAUGCCAUUGGCAGUCAACAUCAGUGGACGCGCGGACAAAUUACUGCAAAAUAGCCAUAACCAACAGCAGAUGGCCAACAAAAGCAGCAGCAACAACAACAACAACUUCAACGAUAGCAUAAAUAAUUGUAGCAAUAGCCCCAGCAGCAGCGGUAAAACAAUGAUGAUGACCACCAAUGCCAUUAGCAGCAAGCACACACAACACAACAACAACAACAACAGCAACAGCAAUAGCAACCACAUCAGUAGUAAUAAUAAGAGUAACGCUGUUACAAACACAGCCAAAACAAAGGCGAUAAAUACCAACAGCAGCAGCAAUGGUAAUAGCAACAAUAACAGCAACAAUAAUAGUAUUUGCAACACCAACACUACCAAAAACAGGCUAAACUAUGCGAACAGCAAUGAUGGUUACGCCAGUUUACUAGUCGCCAGCGAUGUCGAUAGUGGUGCGCCAUUCAGAGUAUCAACGGCCACGAAGACGGCAGCAGCUGCAACAGCAACAGCAACAGCAAAAGCUAAAUCAACAGUGCCAAUAGCAACCACCUCAGCACCGGGUGCAGCAGUGCGCGUCAAGAAACAGUCUACCAGUUCGACAAUAACAACGACGACGACCGCGUCUAGCGUGAGUGCCGACGAACACAACGAAGUGACGACAAACACAACGAAAACGGGGACGGGGACGGCGACGGGGACGGGGACGACGAUACGGAGUAGCAACGGCGGCAAAGUCACAACGUCGUCAAAAACCAGCGAUUCCAAAUUGGCCCAGAGCGGUGGUGGCAGUGUGCGCCGCGGACGCACCAGUUCACAUCAGUCGCACUAUUCGACGGACAAAAGCGGCUCGUCCGGUUACUACAGUUCGAAUGUUUGCUCCACAUAUUCACUGGACGAGCAUAUCUAUUGUGAACCGGUUAUAGAUAUCCUAGACGUGAGUGGCACUGGCACUGGCACUGGCACUGGUGGGGUUGGUGUUGGAGCCGGCGCUGGUAAGAGCAGCAGUAAAAGUGCAGUCAAAACAACUGUCAGCGGGAAUAGCAACAGCAAAAACACAGCGGCGCCGGCAACGAUAACGGCCGCAACAACGAUGGUUCAUAGCCACGCGCGGGAUAUGAGCAGUAAAGGAGGUGUGACACAGCGUUAUUAUGGACGUCGCAACGGCACGGCGGCAAGUCGAAACGGCGAAAGUGGUAUUGCCGGUUGCAGCGAGUUGGACGGUGGCGAGGACGAUUGCGAUGGUGAAGCUGGCGAUGCAACUGCAUCGGCUGCGCGAUACCCCAACAAGGCUGGCAAUAGUUCGCAGGAUGCGCCGAAGAGCACAUUUGGUGCGGUCAGCAAAGUGCCGGCUAGCUUGCAAUUCUUAUUACAACGACAAACCUCCGAGGAAUACACAGAUUCACAAUCGCAAUAUUUCAGCGAUAAUCUGCGCAUACUCGAGACCAGCAUCGAGAAUCUCGAUCGCCAUUUGAAAAAUUUUCCAAGUCUAAGUUCGCACGAACGCAUUGCUGCCUUUGUACAGACCCAGCAUCAUCAUCAUCAUCACCACGCAUACCUGCCGAUGCCACCGCACGCGUUGGAUGCUAGCGGCGGCGAUAAGUUGGCUAGCCGUGUACCCCAACACCCGCAUCAUUAUUUGCCCACCAUUAUGGAGGGCUACGAUCCCGCCAAUCAACCGCGUCGCUCAUGGCCCGACGAUAUGGUGGACGAUUCGCUGCUCGACAUAGACCUCGACUCAUUUUUGCUAGUCAAUGAGCGCACUGCUGGCGGCAAGUUGCGCAAGCCACAGCAAUUGCGCGAUGGUGGCAUCGACAAUCCCACUUUUCUCACCGAUGAGCAGGAGGAGGAGAAUAAUUAUAAGUGUGCAAAGUAUAUAAAUUCCUGCCCUGACGAUGCGUAUCGCGUCGAAAGUGAUAUCGUUGCUGGUACGGGCACCGUCUCGGAGAAGUCAGUUUCGGUCGCAGACCACUACAUGAAACGCUAUGAAGAUCAGCUGCACUUCCAGAACACGCGUGAGCUGCUCGAGGAUGUGCGCGACAAGAUACGUUUGCUCUCGCAGGCGAGUGGCAGCGCCGGUACGCACAGCUCCGAUGCACAUUUGAAUAAUCCUGCGGCGCCUGCGCAGCAACUGCCACAUGAGCUGGAAGGCAUGAUUAAGACGCUGAAAAACGAGUUGGAAAACUAUUUGGAUCGCAUGAACCAGCACAGCGAAUUGGAAAUACGUCAACUAUGCAGCGGGCUUGUAAGAAAUCACAAUAUCGUAAAAAUGAAGAAGGCCUUCGAGCGUCGCCGUUCGACGCACAGUCUCGGUACGAUCGAGUCGGAUUACGGUUACAUCGCCGGCAACUACGAAGCAAUCUGCGAUGGCGUGCCCGUGAGUAUACGUGAACAAAUCGCCUCGAUACGCUGCGCGAGUGAUCCGAAUUUCAAAAUGAAGCGAAAAUCCCUGACUGAGGUAUUUCCCGUCACCAAUUGUUAUGCAGAGUCGGAAACUUUGCAACGCGUAUCGUCACAAACGUCGCUAGCGCAGCAGCAACGUCGUCCAUCGCUACCGCAUCGCGAUCGUUACACCGCAGAGCGUAGACAGCGCGAACGUGAUCAAAAUGUGAUAACCUUGCAUGUGCCCACAACGCAACUGCAACGCAAUCUCUCAUUCCAGCAGCCGGUAUUGAGUAAAUUAGAUGCGAAAACAUUAUCAGCGCCACCGGCGGAUGCCGAAAUCGGCGGUAAAGUUAAACCAAAUGGUGGCGGCUGCAGUUCGGCUGGUAAUGGUAGCGGCGCGGAAUCGGGCGAAUCAGGUGAUAAGGACUCAAUUUUGGAAUGGCAUCGAAAGAAGCCGAGCAUUUGGGAAAUGUACUAUGGUACGAAUCGCAUGAAUCAAUCGCUGUUGGGCAAGCGCAAUGCCAUGGCCGCGAACAACAGUAAUCAAGUCACAAUGUCUUAU